AUGCUAUUUGAUUUCCAGGAUACUCAUCUACACAUUGCGGCAGAUCUUGAAGAGAAAGGAGAACUACGUGCAGCAGAAGAACACUACUUGCAAGCCGGUGACUGGAAAAGUGCUGUUAACAUGUACCGUAAUGCAGAGCAGUGGAAUGAUGCGUACCGAAUAGCCAAGCAAGAAGGUGGCGACGCAGCGCAGAAACAGGUCAGUGUCUGUUGA